AUGUCGGUCAAAGCGCGAAAGGAUAUGAAGGCGGCGGGUUUAUUUACUUUAGCUGGGGCGAGAGUGCAACAGUCAUAUGCUGAUAUGAAAACUCUCUCUCGAGGCGAAGCAAUCGUGAAACCUGUGUUUAGUCGUUCGAGAUUUGACGAAGUAGCGCUGAACAAUGCGAUCUCCUUCGUUCUAGCUGAGGAGAUUGUUGGAACUCUCUCGUGGGGUAAGAAAAGAGUUAAAUUGUCGGAAGAUGAAACUUGCAUUCUUCCUUCACUUACUCGUAAACUGCCAUCGAAUGUAAUAUAUGACCGAUACACUGCUACACAUCUGAUAGAGAAACAGCUAUCCCGCGGUAGUUUCUACCGUGUCCUUGCAGCUUUGACAAGUAAAGACGAGAAACUAUUAACUGCCGUCGACUACGUAACUGGUACUUUAGUCAACGACGUUAUUGUGCAACUACAAGUAUUUAUCAACGACUUCUGUAUCGAUAUUUCAAAGAAGAAACACCUCACUACACAUCUCGAGUUGAUGAAAACAUUCUUGAAACAACAGUACGAUAAGCAUGUGGAAUUGGAGGACGACUGCAGCACCCAUGGGAUUAAAUUUGCAUUAGAACAGCCUACUAAUGAUAAAAGUGGCUGUGGUCAACAAAAGUGUAAUGGAUGUGAUUUCAUCGAAUACAUGUAUUCUCAACUUCAGAGCAUUGUACAGUUUGCUACAACAAAACCUUUUUCAGUGCGAGAAGAUGCUUCGAGAAACUGCGCAUAUACAUGGGCCACCGUGUACGUGUCAAAAAUCAACAAAAUGCGAUAA